AUGAGCCGGCUCAACAUAGUCACCGCUGAUAUCCUGGGUCCUGGGCAUUGCAAAUGCUGGCGUGCCGCGGGCGAUAGGUGGACGGAUUUCUACACUUGUGGGCGUUCCUGAUAAGUCUGCAGGAGAACAAUCAUGGCAUAGCUGCUGCAAGUGCAAGUCCAUAAAGCUCAAUGUGGGGACCUCUGACGUUGGUCGUCGGGUUUCAGGGGACGUGUCUGGUUCGUGUCGACAGCGCAUGUUGCACCGCAUGAUGCCAACCGGUCGACGUGUCUGGUUGGAAACAUUUCCACGAUGUAUUAACAAAUGGUUUGAAAUAACGCAACACCAAGUACACACGCCCUGAAUUAGGAGUUAGCUAAUGACUAGUUAGACGAUCGUCUAGAAUGUUUGGCGCAGCGCUUCGCCAGGUGGCCGCCAAAGGUGCCGAGCUCGCCAGCAACUUGGUCCGGGAGGUGGAAAGCGUGGCAUCGACCGCUGCUGCGACUGUGGGUCCAUAUGGCACUGCCAAAUUUCAAUCGCAGUUCAGGCUGGGCUUGGCAGUGGGCAGCGUCGGGGGCCUGUGGCGCGUGUAUGCUGGCAGCGCCCGGGCGGCUAACGCGGUGGUCAAGGAGGUGUCUAUCUGGGUGCUGGACAAGAAAGACCUGCAGAGCAGGGGGGAUGGCGGUUCCUUGCCCGCCCCGGGCAGCUCUGGCCUGCUGCCCUCCUCCUCUAGCGGCCCGGGACUGGGCGCCUCAGGCACGGGCGGCGCGGGUGUGGCGGCGGGUCAGCGCUGGGAGGCUGUGUACGAGCAGCAGCGGCACGGCUGUGCGCUCAUGAUGCGGUUGAAGCACCCGGGUGUGGUGCGGGUGGUGCUGCCGCUGGAGGAGACCAGCAGCUACAUGAUCCUGGUGACGGAGGCGGUGCGCGGCUGCCUGCGGGACAUCAUGUCGGCGCCGCAGCACCCCCAGAACCAGCAGCCGCAUACCGCCGGCCACGGCCACGGUUACGGCGCCGGUCACGGCGACGCGGCUGCGGAGGGCGGGGGGCUGGGCGGGGGUGCUGCUGGUGGCUCUGGCGUCCUGAGCAGUCUGGAGGUGAAGCUGGGUCUGCUGGCGGUGGCGGAGGCGCUCGCCUUCCUGCACUCGGCCGCCAGGCUGGCGCACUGCGGACUGUCGCCGCAGACGGUGGUGGUGGCAGCGGACGGCAGCUGGAAGCUGGCGGGCUUUGGCUUCGCGGUGUCAGAGGCUGGGGCAGCGCCGGGUCAGGGGGCGGGGGCGGGGGCGGGGGCGGGGGCGGGGGCGGGGGCGGGGGCGGGGGCGGGCGGGCGGGGCGGGGCGGGGCCGCCGCCGUACGCCUACAACGACCCCUUCCCGCCCCUGUGGGAGGAGCUGGCCAAGCCGCAACUGCCGUACACCGCACCCGAGCUGGUGGUGCCCCCCGGCGGGUCCGUGGGGCCGUGGGCACACACCACCUCCUUCAACCCCACGGGCGGCGGCAGCGCCGCCUCGUCUUGGGCCGCCGCCGACGCCUUCAGCCUGGGAGCCCUGGUGUAUGAGCUGGUCACGUGGGCGGCGGCGGUGGAGGCGGCGGCGGGGCCAGGCGGCGGCGGCGUGGCGGGCAUGGUGGUGGCCACGACGCAGCUGCUGCCGGUGCGGUGCAGCCUGCAGCAGUACGGUGCGCGGGUGGGCGCGCUGGCGGCGGCGGCGGCGGGCGGCGGCGGCGCGCUGGGGCUGGGGUCGGCGGCGCCGGUGGCGUCUGACCUGGCGCGUGUGCCGCCCGAGCUGCGAGGCGUGCUGCUGUCUCUGGUGUCGCCAGUGGCUGCCAGCCGGCCCGGCCCCGCGGCCCUGGCCCGCUGCUCCUGGUUCGAGGACGACGGACUGCUAAGGGCGCUAAGGUUCCUGGAGGGAAUCAUGCAGAGCGAGCCCCGCCACAAGCUGGCUUUCCUGUCCGACCUGGCCGCACCCGCACCUGCACCGGGGCCGGGGCCGGGGCCAGGGGCUGGGUCCCAGCCGGCGGGCCCGCUGUGGCAGCGCAUGAGCGACCGCCUGCUGACCAGCCGAGUGCUGCCGCCGCUGCUGCAGGAGGUGCGCAACGGCGGCACAGUGGGUGUGGCGGCGCUGCCUGUGGUGCUGGCGGUGUGUCAGCGGCUGGGGCGCGGCGUGUUCGCCGCCGUGGCGCUGCCCGUGUUGGCACCCGUGAUGGAGGCGGCCGCCGGCGGCGGCGGUGGUGGGGGUGGUGGAGCAGGUGGAGCAGGUGGUGGGGUAGGAGCGGGUGGCGGCGGCGCGGUGGCGGCUGAGGCGGCGGUGCUGCUGCCGGCGCUUGUGUCGCAGUCGGAGGCCCUCGCGGCGUUGAUGGACGGGCCCACUCUGGACAAGGUGCUGUUGCCGCUGCUGGUGCGCGCACUGGUGGGGCCCGCCCCCUCCGCCUCCUCCUCCUCCUCGUCAGGCGCGGGUGAUGGCGGCCCAGCCACGGGACAGGCCGACCCGCGGCUGGCGCAGGCGGCUCUGUCGCGGCUGCAGGCGCUGGUGGCGGCGGGGCUGGUGGAUGCCAAGUCGGCGCAGGCCCGCACACGCCUGCUGCCGGCGCUGCACACGGCUGUGGGUCGGACCACCAGUGCGGCGGUGCGGGCGUCCUGCCUCGCGCUCAUGGCGGCCCUGGCAGCCAAGGUGGACCGCGCCGAGGCGGAGGGCAUGUUGGCCACGUGUGCCCAGCUGCUGUCUGUGGACACGAGCGGCAACACACUGGUGGCGGUGGCGAGGCUGGCGGAGGCACUGGCGGAGGCGCCGGGCUGGGGGCCGCCCGCCACCGCCGCCCGCCUGCUGCCGCUGCUGACGCCGCACCUGGUGGCGCCCACGCUCACGACCUCGCAGCUAGCGACGUUUGCCGCGGCCGUGCAGAGCCUGUUGCGGCGGGUGGUUCGCUAUGCGGAGGAGGCGGCGGCGCUGCGGGCGAGUGGUGGCGACCCGUCAGCACUGGCGGGAGCUACGGGGCUGGGCACAUCCGCUGCGUCGUCAGCAAUGCCCGAGUCCAGCUCUGGCAGCAGUAACAGCCGCGGAUCCGGAUCUGGGGCACCCGGCGGUGUGGUGGCCUUCACCACGUGGACCCAACCGCGGCCCUCCGCCGCCUCCGCAGCAGCAGCGGUGGCGCCGACCUGGCCGGUCAAGCCAGCCGGCACAACAGGCAGUAGCGGCAGUGGCGUCGCGCCGUCGUCCUCAGUGGCCGGCGGCCAGGGGCCCACCUGGACCUCCAGCAGCAGCGGCGCCUCUGGCGGGGGCAACAGCGGCGGGGGCAUGGGCGCCACGGGUGCCCAGAAGCCCAUGGCGGCUUCCUCUUCGUUAGGAGGAGCUGGCUACGGCGGGGGCGGCGGCCUUGGUGGCACAGCCAACCCCUUCGGGCCAACCCCUUCUUCUUCCAGCACCUCCGCUACCGCUACUGCCGCCGCUUCUACAGCGGGAUACUCCUCGUCAUCUACCACCCUGCACGCGUCCACACAGCCUGCUGCGAGCCGGGAUCCUUUUGCUGCCAGCGCGGCUGCGCCACCAGUGGCCAUGCCUGCUGCCGGGACCUACACAACCCCCAUGGCCUCAUCCUACUCGUCAACGCAUCAAUCCGCACCAACGGCUUCCUAUAUGCCUCGCCAGGCAACAAUAGCAGCAGCAUCGACAGCAGCGCCUGACCCCAAUGACCCGUUCGCAGCCAGCACGGUGCCUUUCAAAGCCCCGACCGCCCCCAUGGCGUCUCAGCCGCAGCACAUGCACGCUUCCUCGUCGGCGCCCUCAUUGCCGUACGGCGCUAGCACGCAUUCAAGUAAUGGAGCAGGCACAGGGCCAGGGGCAGGAGCGAUGGCGGCGGGAGCAGCGGGGCCGUCGCUGAGCGCAGCACAGAUCGCAAAUCUGGCGGCGGCGGGCCUGAUCGUGGGCGGCGGCGGCGGUGGGGGCGGGGUGGCCAAGCCGGCUGGGGAUGUGAUUGGUGGGGCGGCGCCGGCGUUAGGGGGCUGGGACGCGAGGGCGCAUGCCCCAGCAGCGCCGGCAGUAGCUGCGCCCAUGCCCACGCUGCCGCCGCCGCCGGCUCCUGCACCGCGGCAGGCGGGCGGCCCCGUGAACUUGAUGGACCUCUGAGCCUGUGACUGCAUGUGAGCGUGCGAGCUGUCAUAUUACGAUUGGGUCGGUGGCCUGACGUUGUUGGCGCAGGUGGAGCUGCAGGGCGCGGGUACUAGAGCUUUAGGGGCAUAUGAAUGGAUGGACCCGAUGGAUGCGUGUCAGCGUGCCGUGCUGUGCAGGAUGAAGACACAGGUGCGUUCACAAGGCUAGCUGUUAGGCCGGUGCAGAGUGGAUAAGAUUGACAAGACUGACGAGCUGAUGUGGUGAACGGGACAAUUCUUGUAAGGAGACGGACAC